UGUUAAAUCAUAUUGUUAACGUAAUUAUAGGAAUCACUGGCAUAUCAUUUGGCUUUGAUUCUAGGAUGUAAAUAGGCAGAUUUCUAGGAUUGUUUUGGUACAUAUUUAUUCUCUUUUUUCUAGUCCUAGGUUUCUUGUAUAAAUACCAGUCUUUUUUGUACAAUUAUCACAAUCAAGAAAUAUAUAAAAUCCUUCUCUGUUAAUAUGGUAUCAGAGCUAUUCCUUUGAAAUUUUCUGCACAAUUUCUGGUUCUCAUCUCUUGGCGUUUGGUUCUUUUUUUUUUUUUCUACAUAUUUUCUUAGUUCUCUAUAAUCUCUACUUCCAAAUGGAGAAAUCUGAUAUUGCAAAACCUAUUGCCAUGAUUCUUACUGGCUCAAACUAUAAUAUAUGGUUCCAAGGAAUGAAAAGUUUCUUGAUAGGUCGCAAGCUUUAGCGUGUUGUUACCGGAGAUAUCUCUAAGCCAACCAAACAGAAGGAUGAAACUGAUAACAAAUUUGCUGACCGUCUUGAAGAUUGGGAUAGCAAAAAUCAUCAAAUUAUUACCUGGUUUCGCAACACGUCCAUUCCAUCUAUUUACAUCCAAUUUGCUGAUGAUGACACUGCAAAAGAAAUUUGGGAUUUCUUAGCCAAUCGUUAUCGAACCACUGGACUUGCUCAUUGUUUUCAGUUGUGGACUACUCUUUAUAAUCUCAAACAAGAAUCUGGCCAAUCUGUGAAUGAUUUUCUUGCUCAAGUUCAACCCAUUUGGAAUCAAAUAUCUCAGGCAAAAAUCAGUGAAGAUCACCUUCACCUUAUUCAAGUUCUCAUGGCUCUUCGACCUGAAUAUGAAGCUGUUCGAGCCUCUCUACUACACCGACAUCCUCUUCCUACAUUGGAUAUGGCUGUACAAGAAAUAAUCUUUGAAGAAACCCGCCUCAAUCUUGACAAUACUCUGAAUUCUAAAAUUGCUCUUGCAACUACUCGUUCCUCAUAUCAGAAAUCUGGCAACAACGCUUGUAAGAAUUGCAAUCAAACUAGUCAUGUUUUUGCUCAUUGUCCUACUAUAGAAUGCAGAUAUUGUCAUGCUCUUGGUCAUAUUCUUGAGAACUGGCCAAUCCGCCCUCCACGACCAAAAGGUGGGGCCUUUAAACCCAAAACUGUCUCGAAGCCUGGAUUUACUGCUGCCUCUGCUGCUACCACUGAAGGUUCUACUGUCAUCACUAUGAGUGAUCUUGAAGCGCUACUCAAACAGGUUAUCUCUUCCAAUUCUUCUGCUGCCAUGUCCGCCACUCCGGGUUCAGGAUCCUCAAACGGGACAGAUUCUUGGGACGGGUCGCAGGGUGGGUCGAUUAUUUGAGCUUGUAUCUCUUCAUCUUCCUCAGAAAUUUGUGUCUGCCGCUACAACUACCAACUCUUCUACUUACCAAUGGCAUCUUCGUCUUAGUCAUGCAUCAGCCAGUAAAAUUCAGCCUUUAAUUUCUCUUGGCUUGUUGGGAUCUACAAAGUUUGGGUCAUUUGACUGUUUACAUUGUCAACUUGCAAAACAACCUGCAUUGUCUUUUAAUCACAGUGAUUCUAUUUCAGAUAGUCCCUUUAGCUUAAUUCAUUCUGACA